GGGACCCUAUCACUUAACUGUGUUGGAUACACCUAAUGAGUAAAUAACUAAUUAAUACUCAUCUUUAGAGCCGCCAUAUAUAGGUAAGAAUGGAGUUGGAAAGUUAGUCUCAUUAUUUUCUGUCACCCUGACCUUACAUACAAUGUAUUUGAACAGGAUAUUAUAUUUUGGUUUAUUUGUGAUCUUCUCGUGCGCCGAUUGUCUAGGAUUCUUUUACCGUUCGUCGGAGACAGGUUUGAAUGCGGUUAGAAAAGCACCGAGAUGGAACCUGCCGUGGCUGGGCUUGGGAGUCCGGUGUAACGGAUGUCCGCCGCACGGCUGCGAAGACGACGAAGCGAUCAUACAUGGAUUCUGCUGCGGGUGCGCCUAUGGACUUGAUAGGGUGCCAGUCCUGUGUCCGGACUUUCUUCAAUGUCCGCUCAACUUGCACGGACUCUGCCAUGACUACGAAUACAUGAUGCAUUGUUGCUGUUAAUAUGAUGAAGUAUAGAUACUUAAUUAAAUAAAUU